GAACAGAGAGACUGAGAGGGCCUGAGGGUCCUGAGAGUACUGGUCUACCAAGACAUAGCAUAGGCCAAGCCAAAGCAGAUGGAGAGCAAGCAGGAUACGGAGCAGGAAGAAUGUGUUAGGACCACGAACCAGAGAAGUGCAGGCAGGAUAUGGGACUGAAGGAGGCCAGCCAGCGUGGGAGCCUGGCCACCUGGAUCAGCGAGGAGCCCCAGGGUGGAGUCUGUGGUCCUGUGAAGGUUGGGAAGCACUCUAGGAGAGCUAGAAACAAAAACAUAGCCACAGCUUGCACUGAGCCACCGACCUACAGGUGGAGGAGACCCAGCUGGAACAGAAAACGUACCACACCUACAUCCAUGGCCCUACCGGAGGGCCCAACAGAUGGCAGCCUCCCUGAAGGAGACUCCAGUCCAUCCUCAGGCACUGCAGGACCCAGCCAAGACCUAGCCAGCCCCACUACUCGCAGAAGGGCCCUUCUCCGUGAGCUGGAAGCCCAGGUGCAGGCUGCCUACGGACAGGAACGCUGGCAGUGGCCUGGAUCCCCCCUAGGGGGCUCCCGCCCCAGCCCUGGUCCCAGAACUGAGGAGCAGGAGGGGACACAGGGCUACUCAGUGCUCGGCAGCCUGGUGGGGCCAGCAUGCAUCUUCCUUCGACCCAGCAUCGCGGCUACCCAGCUCGAUCGAGAGCUGAGACCAGAAGAGAUCGAAGAGCUGCAGAUCGCCUUCCAGGAGUUUGACCGAGACCGGGACGGCUACAUCGGCUACCGGGAGCUGGGUGCCUGCAUGCGGACACUGGGCUACAUGCCCACGGAGAUGGAGCUCAUUGAGAUAUCACAACAGAUCAGUGGUGGGAAGGUGGAUUUUGAAGAUUUUGUGGAGCUGAUGGGUCCCAAGCUGCUGGCAGAGACGGCAGACAUGAUUGGCGUGAGGGAGCUUCGAGACGCCUUCCGGGAGUUCGACACCAACGGUGAUGGCUGCAUCAGCGUAGGGGAGCUCCGGGCAGCCCUCAAAGCUCUGCUGGGGGAACGCCUCAGCCAACGGGAAGUAGAUGAGAUACUCCAAGACAUUGACCUCAAUGGAGAUGGCCUGGUUGACUUUGAAGAAUUUGUUCGGAUGAUGUCUCGGUGAGCCUGUGUAGAAGCUGGAGUGGACCGGCCUGGAGGAUCCCAGCCUCCGAAUUGCAGAGGAUCCUAUAUGUUCUUUGAAGGUCACUGUGUACAGGACUGUGUGCCUCCUCCCCAUCCCUGCCUGGGCACAGUGCCCUAUCCUGUCAUCACCCCAUACCUCGUCCUGGUUCUCUGGCAAUAAAACAUCUCCAAGCUUGUUGGGAAA